CGCCUCCCCCCGGCGCGAGGAAGCACACACGCGCGACAGCUGUGACGGAGCUCCUUGCCGGACCUCAAAGCAGGCCCCACGAAAACUGUGCCUCGGCUCCGGCGCCUCCUCCUGCCCCCCAUCCCCGUCCCUCAACCCCGGGCGGCCCCUCGGCAGCGACGCGUUCUCCUGUCUCGUGCGCGGCCCUCUCGCGCGUCUCUCUUCUCUACAACCCCCUCCCUCCCCCCCCGGCACGGGGCGGUGGCGGUUGAACCACCCGCUGAGGUGAAUGAGCUACGCCGCCCCCGGAGGCCGCUGUUGGGGCGGGGGGGCUGCUUCCCCGCCAGCCGCAGCCCCCGUGGGGCGGGCCAGGCCCCCCGCACGGAGCAGCUCCGCUUAGAGGUUCUUUUUCUUCUUCUUCCCCCUCCCGCCCUACGGCAGCCCCGCGGGGAGCGGAGGGAGAGGGGCGCGCGGGAGGACAGCGGGUGCGGACCCCUCUCGGCAUGUCCGCGGCCGCCCCGCAGGCACCACUUCGCGGCGCGGAGAAGAGCGGCGGCGGCGGGGGGGCCCGGCUGCCCGAAGAGAACCAUCAGGAGCAGCUCCUGUUUCCUUCCGGCCAAGUGACCGAAGCCCCCCAGGAAAGCGGCUCCGGCGAGGGGCUGCAGCAACAAGAGGGCGGCGACGACGACGAGGAAGAGGAUAGUAGCAACGGCGACAAGUGCCAACCGGAGCAGCAGCAGCCUCACGCCGUCGAGGCCCCCCCGCCCAAGGAUAACCCCUGGACCCGCUGGAAGCCUCCCCCCGUCUCCGGCGGCAGCUUAUCCCCCUCCAGCGCCUCCGCCGGCAGCGAGCUCGCCCCGCAGGACUCGGAAUUACUGAGUUCUGCUAAAGUCAUAAAGGCAGGAAAAUCAAAAGUAAAGAAAUCGAGUAAGGCAAAUGACUUCAGUGAUGCAUCAAACUGGCCAACACCAAGUGAAAUCGCCAACUCUGAAUGUAAAAAUAUAAGCAAUCAGAAUAAAAAAACACCAAUCAAAAAGGAGAAAGAAGAGAAGAAUGAAAGGAAGAAUAAUAGCAGAAUCAAAGAAAACCUGGAAAUAAAUCCGGAUAUUCCUGGCGAAAAUGUUAGUGAAGAUGAGGCUCAGAUUAACAAUCAAAAGAAAAAAGUUCUGUAUUUUACACUUGAAGGUAACAAGCACAAAUGGGUGCCACUUCAUUUAGAUGAUAUGAAGCCAGAAGGCCAAGAUAGACCAGGAUCUCGGAACAGUUCAAGAUCUCAGCCAGAAACAGGCAAGCUUGUGCCACACAACAACAGACGCAAUGAGACAAGAACUAGCUGGCGACGGGAUAGAGAAAAACGAGAUGAUCAUGAUGAAGUCUCUAGUGUGAGAAGUGAAGGUGGCAGUAUUCGAGGAUUUUACAGAGGAAGAGGAAGAGGCAGGGGCAGAGGAAGAGGACGUGGAAGAGGAAACCCUCGAAUGAACCAUGAAUACUCGUAUGGCUACCGGGAACAAUAUAACGAGAGGACUGACCAGCCAUUUCAGCCAGAUCUUAACACUAGUAUGAUGUAUUACUACGAUGAUGGAACAGGAGUGCAGAUGUAUUCUGUUGAUGAAACACUACUAAAAGAAUACAUUAAACGCCAAAUUGAGUAUUAUUUCAGUGUAGAAAACUUGGAAAGAGACUUCUUCUUGAGGAGAAAGAUGGACCAGCAAGGAUUCUUGCCUAUUUCUUUGAUUGCCAGUUUCCAUCGUGUGCAGGCUCUUACUACAAAUGUUAGUCUAAUAUUAGAGGCUUUAAAGGACAGUACAGAAGUAGAAAUAGUGGAUCAGAAGAUGAGGAAAAGGGUAGAACCAGAGAAAUGGCCAAUUCCAGGACCCUCUCCACGCAGACCUCCACAAACAGACUUUUCUCAGCUUAUUAACUGUCCAGAAUUUAUACCAGGCAAAGUUUUUGGUUCACAUACUGAAUCUGCACCAAGUUCUCCAAGAAUGGGAAGUCUAAAUACUAAGAAAAGCAAUGAAACAAGUAACCUUCAAACUAUGUCUAAAGGAUUAUCUACAAGCUUGCCAGAUCUGGACUCUGAACCUUGGAUAGAAGUUAAAAAAAGACAUCGUCCAUCCCCAGCAAAGCCAAAGGAAUCUGUGCCUGCACUUGAGGAGAUGUCAGGACAGCAGCAGCCACUGCCUUUAGAGGAACAAGAACAGGAAGAACUUGAUUUUUUGUUUGAUGAAGAGAUGGAACAAAUAGAAGGCCGAAAGAAUACAUUCACUGAGUGGUCAGAUAGUGAUUCAGAUUAUGAAAUUGAUGAUCAGGAUUUAAAUAAAAUUUUGAUUGUAACACAAACGCCACCAUAUAUGAGAAAACAUCCUGGAGGAGAUCGCACUGGCAACCAUGUCUCACGAGCAAAAAUUACAUCAGAACUUGCCAAAGUUAUUAAUGAUGGCUUAUACUACUAUGAACAAGAUUUGUGGACAGAACAGAGUGAAAAUGACUGCAUUGCUUUGAAGAAGCUUUUAUCCCCACUUCAGCAAGAAGUUGAAAACUUUAAGAAGUUAAAUCUCAUCAGUAAAGAAGAAUUUGAAAAUCUUACGCCUGAGCAUGCAAUUGAUCCAAAUCAGGAGGUUCCUCCAGGUCCUCCAAGAUCUCAACAAGACUUAACUGAAGAGCUGGCUUGUAAAUUGUUUGGCAUCCAAGAAAUACCUCCAACAACAAUGGCUCGCUCACUGCCAACAGCUGUCCCUGAAUCUCCUAGAGUCCACCCUACCAGAACACCCAAAACACCUCGUACACCAAGGCUACAAGAUCCUAAUAAAACACCAAGGUUCUAUCCUGUGGUUAAAGAAGCAAGAUCCAUUGAUGUUAAGACACGAAGGAAAAGAAAAACACGGCAUAGUACAAACCCUCCAUUAGAAUGUCAUGUUGGCUGGGUAAUGGAUUCCAAGGAUCACAGGCCAAGAACAUCUUCUAUAAGUAGUUCAAAUGCAUCGCCAUUGGAAGGUGCUCCACUAUCUGGAAGUUACGGCUGUACUCCAAAUUCGCUUCCUAAAUUUCAGCAUCCUUCUCAUGAACUUCUAAAAGAAAAUGGUUUUACACAGCAAGUGUACCACAAAUAUCGCCGUAGAUGCCUAAAUGAAAGGAAACGGUUGGGAAUCGGCCAGUCUCAAGAAAUGAACACACUAUUUCGUUUCUGGUCCUUUUUCCUCAGAGACCACUUUAACAAGAAAAUGUAUGAAGAAUUCAAGCAACUUGCUCUAGAUGAUGCAAAAGAACACUACAGAUAUGGUCUGGAGUGUUUGUUCCGGUUUUACAGCUAUGGGCUGGAAAAAAAGUUCAGGCAGGAGAUCUUCAAAGAUUUCCAAGAAGAAACAAAGAGAGACUAUGAAUCUGGUCAACUCUAUGGAUUAGAAAAAUUUUGGGCUUAUCUAAAGUAUUCACAGUCUAAAACUCCACCUAUUGAUCCAAAACUUCAAGAAUACCUCUGUAACUUUAAAAGAUUGGAAGACUUCAGAGUAGAUCCUCCCAUUAGUGAAGAAUCUGGGAGAAAAAGACAUCCAACUGGUGAGGAAAGUGAUCGUCAUAGACAUCAAUCCAAUUCUUCCAAGAUCCUUGCUGGUAAUUCUACAGCUGCCUCUCAGGCGUGGGUCCCAAUAAACUUUCCCACUACAAAUACUGUACAGGAGUUGAGUAACAGCAUACACCAGAACAGUACUGCCACAAAAUCAAGAAGUGAUAUACCUGAGCAGUAGACUUUCAUUAAGCUUGAACCUUGAGAUCAACUCCUAAUGCCAGUAUUUUAGCUCAAGGAUCUUCAGGGAGAGCUAUUUUAAAGCUUGAUUAAAAACAAAUGUAUAGGAAAACGAAGGAUCGCAUUGGUUUCUCACAAAAUUAAGUUCCAAGUACUUGCCCUUGAUCAGUUGUACUGGGUUUGGCGAAUAAUCAAAGAGAUCCUAGGGAAAAUAUAUUGGUCUCCGUGUUGCUGUCCCUGACUUAUUGUUUACAGGAUCUGCAUUCCAAUAUUAUAUGCAAAAAUACUUUGGGAUGCCUUAUGGUUCAGCUCAUACUUCUUAAAGAAGUUAUGGUAUACUCAUGUAACUUACAAAGCUUUUUUCAUUCACGUUUCCCAUCAUUAUUUCUACUUAUAGAAGCCAAAAAGAAGACAUUUUUAAUGGAGAAAUGACAUAAGUUGAUAAAUGCAUAUAUUACUAUCAACACUUUUUUAAACAGUACAUGCACACUCCAUGCUGUAUAGGAAUGUGCACGUUUCUUGGGUGCUGGAUUUUGUUUUGCUUUUUAGUUACUUUAUUUCAGGAUCUCUUUUGCGUUGAGUAUGAAAUUUUGAGUUAGGCAUCAAUCUCUUUGGUUUAAGGUGUUUUAUUUUAUGCUGGUUCAUAUUUGUACUUAGGCAAAAGUAGAUUGCAGAGGGGAAGGGUUAUGGCUUAGUAAACGUUACAUCUUUUAAGUUUAAGCAGAAGGAUAAAAUAACAUGUGGCUCACUAAUCACCCUUCAGUUAGAAGAGAUGCUUGUGUUUUCCGUUUAAUUGCUCUACUAAGUGACUUGCACUUCAAGGAGAGGUUAUUUUUAAACAAUUAUAUUUUGUUAUUUGACACUGUUUUUAUUUAAAGUACAAAUAUAGUACAUACUAAAAAAUGUUGUCAAAAUGGGUUUAAAUAAAGUGAAAAUUUAAGACUCUGCUACGACCAACUGAACUUAAAUUGUCCAAGUCAUCACUUUUCCUAAAUGUAAAUGAUUAAUUCAAAUAGUAGUUAUUUGUAUUGGGAGGUAGAAGUUAAAGGGAUACUUAACCUGUAAUUACCUGUUCAUUUCAGUUAUUGUAAAUUAAAAUGCUUAGAAUAAGGAAACAGAAAACCUCCUUCCCUGAAGUGGAAGGAGUGGUAGGAAUAGGUGCAUUUUCAUUACAUACAGCAAAACAGUGAUACUUAGCUGUCUUCAGGUAACUUUCUACAAAUAAAGCCUAACACUGUUUGAUGCCUUAUUACUGGGAGAUAUCCUAAGUGAUCCAACAUUUUAGUUUUAUUGGACUUCUUUGGUGGAUAUGGUUGAAAUCCAUUGCAAUUUUCUGUCAUUAUUGCCUUGUGAAUCUGAAUAGAACAAUUAUGAAUAUGUGCAUAUUUGUAUAUGAAUAUAAGUGGAUUUCCCAGUAAUUAAUUUCUACACACAAACUAGCCUUUUAGAACUACUUUGUUUUGCAAAGGAACUAGGAAUUGAUGAUACACAUUUUAUAUAGCAUCUUUUCAGUGUGCUGAAGUUAUACAUCUCAAACCUGUGCUCUAUCUAUGCCACCUCCUCCAUGAAAAUGAUGCAAUUGUAAAUUUGGAUUAAACUGUAUAUAAAAGAAAUAUAUUUACUUUCAUUUAUUUGAAUGAAAUGUGUGCAUAUCUAGCCUUUAGUAUGCAUAAUUUGUGGUAUCUUUGCAGAUUUUAUAAAAAUACAAAAAAGUCA